ACAGCUAGACUUAUAUCUAGGUAAUACAAAAUAUGAUAUUAUUUUUUAAACAAAAGAAUUUACACUAUUUAUAUUCAUAUAAAUAAACUUUUAGAGAUGUGUCUGAUGGAAUUAUUGCGCCAGGUUAUUCACAGAGUGCAUUAAGAAUCUUAAAAAAGAAAGAAAAUGGUGCUUAUUGCAUUCUUCAGAUUGAUCCUACUUAUGUGCCAUCUUCAAUGGAGCAGAAAGUUCUGUUUGGUUUAACUAUGGAACAAAAGCGCAAUGAUAUUGUUAUUAAUAAAGAUACGUUUGCUAAUAUAGUAACUAAAAAAGUCCCAGAUAUACCUGAUAAUGCGAUAAGGGAUUUAAUCGUGGCUACUAUAGCUGUGAAAUAUACACAAAGUAAGUCAGUAUGUUAUGCUAAAGAUGGACAGGUAAUUGGAAUUGGUGCAGGACAACAAUCAAGAAUUCAAUGUACAAGGCUUGCUGGUGAUAAAGCCGAUAAAUGGUGGUUACGUCAGCAUCCUAAAGUUAUUAACAUGAAGUUUCACAAGGGUAUAGAAAGAGCAGAUGUUGCAAACGCUAUUGAUAAUUAUCUAAAUGGAUCUAUUGGGAAAGUCAUGAAUUAUAUUGAGUGGAGAAAUCUGUUUGUUAAAAGUCCAGACCUGCUUUCUGAAAGUGAUAGAUUAGAAUGGAUCAAGAUGGCAAAUGACAUUGCUUUAAGUAGCGAUGGCUUCUUCCCAUUUAAAGACAGUGUGGAACGAGCAGCAUUGAGCGGUGUAAAAUAUAUUGCAAGUCCUUCUGGUUUUACAGACGAUGAUGAAGUAUUAGACACUUGUGAAUUCCGCAGAAUUGCAUUAGUCCACACUAAUCUGAGACUCUUCCAUCACUGAUACAAGUAAA